GUCGUAUAAUAACGCUACAUGUAAGCUACUAAACUAAGCCUUUCAGUGCAUGCCAGAGGGACACGUCAGCAUGGCAGCAUGGCUUACGGAGAGAUAAGCUUGUAAUGAGUAAACUGCGAGUACUUAUAUGUGCAGCCAGUCUGAUUCUUGGCAACCGUACACUUCACACAGAUGGCAUCUGACUUUGCAGAAUUUGCAAGACGACAAGCUACUCCGCUACCUGCACUCGAGAGUGCUGAUAUAUCAGGCAUCACGGCUGUAGUGACAGGUUCGAAUACAGGAAUCGGGUACGAAGUGGCCAAGUACCUUGCUGAGAACGGAGCGUCCAAAGUCAUUUUGGCAUGUCGAAAUGAAGUGAAAGGCAGGGCUGCUGCAUUGAGGCUUGGCAGCGCUGUCGAGUAUCGACACUUGGAUUUGGCUUCGUUCUCUUCGGUACGUGAAUUCGUGCGAGAUUUCAAGUCCAACGGGAUGCCUUUGCACCUUCUUGUGAAUAAUGCUGGGAUGCAUAGUGUCCGCAAACAGACUACUGAAGAUGGACUGGACCUGCUGAUGCAGGUCAAUCACAUCAGUCCCUUCCUGCUCACUCUCCUCCUCCUCCCCAUCAUGGAAGUAUCCUCUCUAAGUCGUAUAAUCUGGGUCACCAGUGGCGGAGCCGCCAUUGCUGAGUUCCCUCAGGCAAGCGAGACUCAUCCCGUCAGCGCUCUCUGUGCCCUGCAGUUCAAACCCGAGGAAGAGCAUAACUUGUACUUUACCUCGAAGUUGCUCAAUGUUAUGUGCUGCGCAGAACUGGCGCGCCGUACAGCAGUGAGAGUGGCGGCAGCCCAUCCUGGGUUGGUGGCUACUGAGCUUGGGAAGAAGGAUAUACGUGGGGAGAAUUUCCAGCCGGUCGAUCUGGAGGGGAGAUGGGGUAUAAAACCACGGAGUCCAGCGGAGGGGGCAAAAACCGUGCUCAUGCCUGCAACAUAUGAUGUGUCGGUCUUGUGGGAGCAGGAGGGGGAGAUGCCCCUGUUUGAUCAUAUGGAGCGGGCUGAGUAUCCGCCAAAGGCGAAAGAUCAAAUUUUGAGGGGAAAGGUGUGGGAGGAUACCGUGAAACUGAUGAGCCUCGGCACUGACGAACUCGAGGAGCGGUUUCUCUAAAAUUAAUAUUUUUUAGUCCGAUGUACUGUAUAGAUAGGAAGCACCAAUCAACUUUGAAUCGUUCUCUGCCUUUAAUUUUGGAACUAGACGAACGUCGCUCUGAAUUCGCAGCCUUACCCAGGGCGACCAGGUUG